AUGUCCAAACAAGCCCUAAGCCCAAUGGAUCCCAGUUCUUUUUCAAGACCAGAACUGGUGAGAAUUACUAAUAUUGAACUGAAUUUAAGUGUAAAUUUCGAUAAGAAGAAGUUGUCUGGAAAUGUACAUUUAUCUGUGAAAAAAGUUGAUGAAAGUGUUAAUGAAAUUAUCCUAGAUACACUGAAACUAAGUAUACAAUCAGUUUAUGAAUUGGAAACCAAAAAAGACCUUAAAUACACCCUUUUUGAACUAAUAGAGGAAUAUGGUUCUAAAUUGGUAAUUGAACUUCCCGAUAAGGACAAAAAAGAAUGUGUAAUUGCCAUAGAAUAUGAAACUAGCCCAGAUGCAUCUGGUUUGCAAUGGUUGGAACCAAAUGCAACUGCUGGAAAAAAACAUCCAUAUUUAUUCAGCCAAUUUCAGCCUACCCAUGCAAGAUCUGUUCUACCAUGCCAAGACACACCAGCUGUUAAAAUUAAAUACUCAGCUACAAUUUCCGCACCCCCAGAGUACACCGUCCUCAUGUCGGCCAUCCGAAACGGCACCAAGGAACUUCAAAGCGGCAGAAUAUCGCACUUCGUGCAAGACGUGCCUCUGCCCUCGUACUUGAUAGCCAUAGCCGUGGGCGUGCUUGAAUCCAGACGGCUGGGACCGCGUUGCCACGUGUGGGCCGAGAAGGAGUUGAUCGAAGAGAGCGCGCACGAAUUCGCCAACACCGAGCACCAACUCGAAACGGCUGAAAAAAUAUGCGGGCCUUACGUGUGGGGCAUCUACGAUUUGUUGGUGCUGCCGCCCAGUUUUCCCUGGGGUGGAAUGGAGAACCCAUGCUUGACGUUUGUCACGCCGACACUUUUGGCCGGUGAUAGAUCCUUAGCAAAUGUGGUGGCUCACGAAAUAGCACACAGUUGGACCGGUAAUUUAAUUACGAACCGUAAUUUUGAACAUUUCUGGUUAAACGAAGGUUUUACCGUUUUUGUGGAACGUAAAAUUCUUGGUCUUUUGGAAUCGCCUCAGUCGCAAGAUUUUGAUGCGUAUGGUCGUGUUGGAGACUUGGAAGAAACGGUUAAUUUGCUGGGCAAGACCAGUCCUUUAACACAACUGGUUAUUGAUCUUAAAGGUGUUCAUCCAGAUGAUGCAUUUUCUGUGGUGCCUUAUGAAAAAGGACAAACUUUUUUGAGGUAUUUGGAAACUACAGUUGGAGGACCAGCUGAAUUUGAACCAUUCCUGAAAAAAUACUUCGACAACUUUAAGUACCAAUCGAUCGAAACCGACGAUUUCAAAAACUUCUUCGAAGAUUACUUUUCCUCCAACCCCAACAUAAAAAAGAUCGACUGGAAAACGUGGUUGUACGCCCCUGGAAUGCCCCCGGUAAUCCCCGACUACGACAAAACCCUCGCUGUAGUCUGCGACGAAAUAAUACAAAAAUUCAUCAAGUGGAACGACGAAACUCCCAUCCCAAUCACAGAAGAGGAAAAAGAAAAACUUAGUUCGUCGCAAAUUAUUUAUGUGUUGGAAAAAAUAUCCAGGGCUGAUCCACAGUCAACAAACAAACUUGAGGCCUUAAACAAAUUAUUCGAUUUGGAUAACGUUAAAAACUGCGAAAUUAAGUUUAGAUGGUUUAGAACUUGUCUUAAGGCUCACUGGGAGGAAAAAGUGGAUGCUGUUUUGAGUUGGAUAAAUGUUGUGGGUCGCAUGAAGUAUGUUCGUCCCUUAUACAGAGAUAUGUACAGUUGGGAGAAAACUAGAACAAGGGCUGUGGAAAAUUUCAAACAAAAUUCAAAAUCUAUGAUGCAUGUUGUGGUGUUUACUUUAAAGAAAGAUUUGCAUAUUAGAGAAUAAUGGUGUUUAAAUUAUUUUGAUUUAUUAAUAAUUAACAAUUAUUGUUGUUUAAAUCAAUUCUAUAACCCUUUUGAAUGGCAAAUUUAUGCAUUUCUUAACUUUGUACCUUAUAUACUACACAUGUUUUAAGAGGGUUUAUGAGUAAUUUUAUAUUGUUGUUUAAAAUUAAAU